AUGAUAUUCCCAAUAGACAAAGUUGGCAGGCUCAAGAAAAAUGAUGACAAAAUUUCAGUUCAGGAGUUGCUGGACAAAAUGGCAGAGCUGCUGCCAGAAAAUAUCGAACCUUACACUGUUCGUCGUAUGCAUAAAAAAUAUUUCUCGGAUGACAUUAUGAUAUUGAGACAACAAGAUAUUCAAGAAUUCUACGAACUGACUUUGCUGGACGAGAACAAAUCGGUUCAAGAGAAAACUGCUGAGACGAUAAGGAUAGCCAACAAAUGGGAAGCGAACGAUGGUCCCAUCAUUCCCGCUUACACCAACAACGAGUACCCCUACAUGAAAGUACUCACUUUCAACGCUCAUACAGUUACAGUAUCAUCGAAAUGUGAUAUGAACUACCAUCAAGAAUUGAGUACUCAACUGCUAGUGCAUUCAGAUCCAGAAUACUCGAAUGGUUACUAA